AUGUUAUAAUCUAUUGAGAAAUUAUUCAAAUUAAUUUGCUUAAUAAUUCACCCUCCAACUUCUUAGAAAUAAUCAAAUGCCUUACAUUAUUUAUUUACAAUACUAAAUAAAAUUUAAGAAUUAUACCUAAUCUAAGACUUGCAAUAAGAAACUGGAAUGUUUACUAAGUAUUAUUUUUAUAUAUUUAGUUCUUUAACUUUAAUUAUUCAAAAUCUUUUUGUAAUCAAUUCUCUCAGCUCAUCUUAAUUGGGGAUUGUUGUAAUCAUCUUUUUUGCUUUGAAUUUGAUAUUGCCUCUUUUUAUCAUCAAAUUUAUGUUCCAUCAUGAUUUAACUACUCAAACCGUAACUCAUAAAUUUCUGUUUAAUUAUCCUUUAAUACUGACUAUACCUAUUAUGUAUACUAGUCUAACAAUAUUUUUUAAUGAAUCCUUUUAUUAAAUAUCAGAUGGAAAUUUAAAUAAACCUUUAUGCAUUUUCUUUUCUAUUAUCAAUUUAAUAUUCGUUACUAUUGUGUCUCUCAUUCACAUUUACUUUGCUCGUUGUGAGACACUUAUGGAUGACAAUAAUAUUUUAAAAUUAGAUUAAUCAAUUACCAAAAAAAUCUUCGAAAAUUUACUUUUACUUUCAAUCAUAGCUUUAAAAUCAUCUAAUUAAUUACAAUUCUUAAGAUUUGUGUUUUUGCUAAUUAAAUAUUUAAUAUAUAUCAUUUCAUCCAUUAAAUGGAUUAAUGAAAAAAACUUCAUAAUUAUAGAAAGCAUUUCAUCAGUCAUUUCUAUGGGAAUUGUAAUUAAAUUAUCAUUUUUUGAUAUUCUUUUGAUAGCUUUGUUAGUUGUAUCAUUACUUCUUUAAAUUUAAGAUUAUGUUUUAUCAUUUUAUAUAACAACAAAAAAUUAGGAAAAUUUUACUACAAUCCAAGUAUUACAAUAUUUUAUAAUAACUAGAUAUAUGAAAAUUGUCUUAAAAUGGGCUCCAACUCAAAACAUUCAAUAAUUCUUAGAACAAUAACAAAUAAUCAUAUCUGUCCAAGAAUGGCAAAAAAAGUUGAAUCCAUUACAGGUUGUUUAUUAAGAAAAAUGGCUAAUACUAAAGAUUAAUCUAAUUUAAAUAAAAAUAUAUUAAUAUAUUGCCAAUAUAUAUCUAAUAAUGCCCCUUUAAAGGGAUUAGUUAAAUUGAUAACUAUAAAAACAGAAGAUAUAUAUCAUUAAACUUCAUAUGGAAAUUUAUGCACAUUAUUGUAUGAGAGAGUUAAAUAAUUUCAAUAAGAAGCUUAAUAAAUUAAUGGAAAAAAGAGUUCUAUUGAACAUACAAAUAAUCUUGAUGCUGAGUCUGCAUUUACUACAGUUAAUUCAAAUGAGGAACUAUUUCCAAUCCUUAAUAAGGCUUUAAAUGCCAAAAUCUAAUUUUGGUAAAAAUUAAUAAAUGGUUAUCAAGAUAUAAAUAAUCUAUUAUCUGAUACACUUUUAACAACUGAAAAGAUGUUGAAAUGCAAAUAAUUAUUUGAAUAAAGAUUUGAUUUUUAAAAUUUUAAAAUAAAAAAUGGAAAAUGUACUGAUGUUUUAACAAUGAGAAUUUUAUAAAUGUUUUAUUCUGGAAUUUAUACAAACUCUUAUUUAUCAUAUUUACUAGAGAAACAGAUUGAAGAUAUAUUAAAGAGUGAGCGAUUUAAAGAAGAAGAAUCAUUAGACAAUGUUUAAUUAGUUGAAAGUAUUACUUUUAUAUAGAUUAAUUCUAGAUAGAAUAAUAAUAGUCAAAACAAGUUUAGUAAGAAAAAGAGGAGAAUUAAUAGAUAUAAAUGUUAAGUAAUUAAGCUAAUUUUUAAAUGAGAAAGAUGAAGCCAUUAAACAUAUUAAACAUUGCACAUAAUUGAUGCCCAAAUUUUUAGCCUAAAUACAUGAUGAUUUAAUGGAUAAUUAUACUACAAAUGGUUAUUCUAAAUUAAUGAUUCAUGGAGAAUCUAGCUUUUAUGAAUUAUUAUCAGGAUAUUUGGAACCAUGUAACAUAAAUUUAUAUAAUUUUUAUGAUAAUUAAUAAGAUUUUAUACUUAAUAUGAUUAUGACAAAAGUUUAAUCAAAAAAUGAAACUAUUUUAUUUGGAAAUGAUGGUAAAAUUUUAGGAUUUACUAAACAAUUUUUUGAAGAAGCAUUUAAAGAUUAAACUAUUACUUCUCGUUAGUAACUUACAGUAUCAGAAUUAUUAAUCAGAACACCCUUGAUUGCCUUUUAUAUACCAUAAAUUAUAAAUUAAACUUAAGAACUCUAAACUUAAAUAAACUCAUCGUCAAAUUAUUAACUCAAUAAUCUAAAAUCAUAAUGGAUUAUUCCUGAUAAUCAUUUAGAAUCUUUAUAGAAUUCAUCAAUUAUAUUAUCUCAGUUUAGAAAGAAAUAAGAUAAUUCUAAUUUUAGAUCAUUGAAAUCCUAGACAUAAUCUAGGUAUUCUUAAUAUUCAUAAAAUACUUAAAAUGAAAAUUAUGAUGAUAAGGACUUCUCAAAAGAUUUAAAAAAUUUAAUUAUGAUUAGAGAUAAUCCAAUCAUAUUAUUACAUCCUGAGUAUAAUGAAUUAAUUAAACGUUCCCUUACUUAUGAUAACUAUUAAAACAAUUCACUUGAAAUCCAUUACAGUUUAUAAUAUAAAACCUUAAGAUUUAAAAAAGGUGAAUUUGGAUACUUUUAAUUAACAAUAAAGGAAUUUAAAAAAUGGAUGAAUACACUAUCAUAAGUGGCGCCAACAACCAACUAAACUACUUUAGAUAAUUAUUAAAUAUAAUCUGUGAAUUUAGUAAGUGAUAAUGGAUUGCAAAGUAAAUCUUAUUAAACAAGUAACGUAAAUUCAGAAAUUUCAGAAAAGUUCGAUGAAGGUUUGAAAAGCAUAAAAUAGAUUUAAUAUUUUAAUUCAAGUUUAUCACAUUUUAAAGACAACUAUAAUAGUGCAAAUUAAUCUAAAAUUUAAUCAAUUUCAAAUUCAAGAUUAAUUGUUUAAAAAUUAGGUAUUUCUGACAGAGCAUAUGAAUAAGAAUAGUAAACUGUUGGUCAAUUAUCUCUAGCUACUAAUACAAGAAGGUGCAACUCAAAUUUAUUUCUAUAAUCUCAAUUUUCCUUAUAACCCCAAUAUAUCUAACCAAAAUUAUUUGAUAAAAAAAUAUUAGAAGAAGUCAACGAUAUUGAGAAUGAAAUGAACUUUAUUGAAAAUUAGAGACAAUAGUAAGAGUAAGAACAAAUAGAAUAUAUAUAAAAAAACAUUAUUUAUGACUAAGAAGAUUAGGUUGAUGUAGUUUAAUCCAAUAGUCAAAGCGAAAAAAAGAAGUCAAACAUUUUAGAAAAAUUCUAAAAGCAAUAAUUACGAAAACAAAAAGAUAAUUAUGGUGAUUUUUAAUCAAAUCCAUCAAGAACUUCAACUAGUUCAACAUCAAAAGAGGCUCUUACUAUUGUAUAGUAACUUUAUGAUAAUAAAAAUUUGAUUAAUCCAUUAAAGAAAAUAUCAUUUCUACUGGUAUUAAUCUGUUGCAGUGUUUUAGUUAUUAACGUUAUUAAUGUUGAUUAAAUUGAGUAUAAUUUAUUAACUUAAAUUGAUCAAAUCAAUAAUGUCAGAAAACCAUUAAAUAUUAACUAUUUUUAUUUUGGUGCAUUGUUCUAGUAAAUGUGUUAAAUGCUUCAUUAUUUGAAUAUAAUAGAUUUUAGUCCUUUUUAAGAAAAUAGAAUUGAAGAACAACUUUUUAAUAUGUAUGAAUAUGGUAGAGAAAUUAUGUUUGAUCAUAUAGUUCAUGUACCAAUUUUGGCUAAGGCUUUAGAUAUAACAACAUUUUCAUGUAAAAUUGUUCAAAAUAAUCAAAGAAUAACAUUAAAUACAACUUUACAUGAAUUUUACUCUAUUUAUUUUGAGCUUGCUGAAGAUCUAUAUAGAAGAAAUUUAAAAUGUUCUAAGAAUUGUGAUUAUUCAGAUUUAUAUACACAUGGCUUUAUUAGAUAAAACUUAGUGCUCAUGAUGGAGUUUCAUGAUAAAUUGAUUGAUUAGAUUACUUAAGUAACUUUAGAAACAUAAAAUGAAGUUAAAGGAGAUUUUUUAUAAAUAUUGCUUGCUGAGAUUUGUGUAAUAUUAUUCAUAGUUGGAAUAUAAUUAAAAAUCUGGCUAUUUGUAGAUUAAAUAACUAAACAUAUAUUAUUUUUGAUUACAAGAUUGAAUGAGAUUUAAGCAUUUGAUUAGAUAUCUAAAUUAACUGUGAUUAAAUAUUAUAUAGAAACAGAAAGUAACAAUUAAUGGAAAAUGACUAAUUUUUCUGAUUUAAUGUUCAAAUAUUCAGAGAAAAAGAAAGCUUAAAAAGCCAUUCUAAUAAGUUAAAAGGAAUCUGAAAAACUAAAUAAUUACAAAUCUACUACAGCUUUAUACUCUAGAAUCUAAAAGACAUACUAUAUAAAUAGAGUUAAUGUUAUUUUGACAUUUUUAUUAGCUUUGACUUGGCCAUUAUAUUUAAUGACAGGAUACUUGAUUCAUAUGUAAAAUAAUAACGACUUUUAACCUUCAUUAGAGGUUACAUUAAGCAUGGUGUAGUUUAGACAUAAUAUGGAUGCUACUGUUAUAUUGGCUGGUAUAAUCAAAACUGAAAAUCUGCUACCUAAUAAUAAUCUCAAUUAUAUCAAUCAAACAUAUAUCUUAGAAUUAAUAAUAUAUCUUAAAAAUAAUUUAUCUCCUAUCAUAAAUAAUAUGGCCACUGUUGUGUUAGAAAAUGCUAAUUAAAAUAAUGAAAAAAGUAGGUUUGAUGAUUUAUUAAAUAAUGAUCUAUGUUUAUCAAGUAAUUUCUCUGUUUUAGCAAUGUGCGAACCAAGUUAAAUUGAAUUAGAGUAUUAUGAGUAAUUAUUUAUAUUAUUUUAUAGCAUAGAUGAUUAUAGUGAUAUUACUAAAAAUGGAGCUUUGGGAUUUGUAGCAGGCUUCAUUAAAUUUUUAAAUUAAGAUUUCAACUACGAAAUAACAAAUUUACAAUAUAAUCCUAAUUUAACUGAGAAUUAUUAAGAAGUUAAUACAAAGUAAUUUAAUACUUUUUUAAUAUCUUAUUCUACUGAUAUACUCUAAGUAAUGAGAAUAUUUCUGAUCCUACUUUAAGAAGAAAACUAAUAUAUAGCUAAUUAGAUUAUGUCUAUUAUUUCAGCAUAUUAUUUAGGAUUAGGAAUUAGGUAUAUUAUUAUUUUAAUCCAUAGUCUCUUUUUUAUUUAUUCUCUAACAUCUAUUUUAUGGGUUUAUUUGGCUUAAAAACGGAUGAAUUCAUUAAGAUAGAUUUUGGUUUUAAUUCCUGUUGAUCUGAUUCUUAGUGCAAAUAUUAGAAGUUAAGCCAAAGAAAUUCAUAGUUGGUUAUACUCAUGA